GUGGCCUUUUAAAAUAUGCACCAGAGACACAGAGUACCACGCAGGAGCUGAAAAUGUUCCAAAGACUUCUGGGUUCUCUCUCCACUUUUCCCGUCUUUUCAACCCCCUUGCCUGACUUGGAUGAUGCGAUGUUCUGAGGAAUUCCUUAAUCCUAGUCACUCCUCAGUCAGGCACAUCUACGAAAGAUUGCAUCCGUAAUUUAAGAUGGCCAGCCAGCCACCAGAAGAGCCUGUGGAGACUCAGGUCUCAGAUGAGCUAGAGUGCAAGAUCUGUUACAAUCGGUACAACCUGAAACAGAGGAAGCCCAAGGUUCUGGAGUGUUGUCACAGAGUUUGUGCCAAAUGCCUCUAUAAGAUCAUAGACUUUGGGGACUCUCCCCAGGGUGUCAUCGUCUGUCCUUUCUGUAGGUUUGAGACGUGCCUGCCGGAUGAUGAAGUUAGCAGCCUGCCUGAUGACAAUAACAUCCUUGUAAACUUGACUUGUGGAAGCAAAGGGAAGAAAUGCCUGCCUGAGAAUCCCACGGAGCUGCUGCUCACCCCGAAGCGGCUGGCUUCCCUGGUCAGUCCUUCCCACACAUCCUCCAACUGCUUGGUUAUCACCAUCAUGGAGGUGCAGAGGGAGAGUUCCCCAUCUCUCACCUCUACACCUGUGGUAGAAUUUUACAGGCCGGCAAGUUUCGACUCUGUCACCACAGUGUCCCACAACUGGACGGUGUGGAACUGCACCUCCCUACUCUUUCAGACGUCCAUCCGGGUGUUAGUGUGGCUUCUAGGCUUGCUAUACUUCAGCUCCUUGCCCUUAGGGAUCUAUUUACUGGUGUCUAAGAAAGUCACCCUUGGGGUAGUCUUUGUUAGCCUCGUUCCCUCUAGCCUUGUCAUCCUUAUGGUGUAUGGUUUUUGCCAAUGUGUUUGUCAUGAAUUUCUGGACUGUAUGGCACUUCCUUCUUAACCAAUAUGCAAAAUAGGAAAUUUGGCACUUACGGCUACAUUCAAAUGAUGUACGUACAAUUUGCUUUCUUUUGUAUUCUCUAUGAUUAGUGUCUACAGCCUCAACAAAGCCCUUGGCCAUAUGUCUGUGGUCCAUUUUCUGUCCAGAUGUUGGCUUGAUGGGUUUUCUUGGAUUCUGAACAUUUUCUAAAAAGUUCAUUUCUACAUAGGGGUUAACCAAGAAAGCAAGGCUGUGUGCAUAGCUUUUAGGGAGCUCUGACAAUUGUGAGAUGUCCAUGAGCAAAGGUGUGGGCACAGGCAAGGUGUGUUAUACCGUGGCAGGGUAUUUGUGAAGAGGUAGGGAUAAAUGGAGUCCUCCUUCAAGUUAGGGGUAUUUCAUGAUAAUAGGUGGAUGUCACAGGCAGGUUGCUCCAAAACACAUAGGUAUGCACCCAAUUUUCUUAGCACUGGAGCCCCUAAUCAUCUUCAGGUGCUUUCUCUCUUAAGGCAAUGCUUCUCUGAGGUCUGCUACCUGCCCUCAGAUCCAUUUCUCUUCUGUGCGGUGCUCCCUGACCCAGAGUCCUGCAAUAUCAUCCCCUUGGGUGGUUCCUGCAGAAUUUCCUGUUUGGGCAUGUUGCUAGAGAAGAGGGACGACUUUGAGAAGUUUGCAAGGAAGUAGACCUCACGCCAGGGCAUGGCCAUUUAUCCUUACCACAGGCCUUUUCCUUCAUGUGCGGUUUUUCUCCCAGGCUUCCCAGAGAAGAUCUGAGCAGUUUUGGCAUGUGGAAAUAUUCACUGGAGUAAUUCCUUAUAGCAUUUUAGGUUUGUUUGAUUUCUAACCACAUUCUUCAAUCAGCCCAUGCCUUAUCCUGAACAAAGUUCCAUUUAAAUUAGUUGCUAUCAGUUUAUGAAGGUUUCAUUUUCUUCCCCUUGUUUUAGAAAUUUGCUUAGGUCUGAUUUGGCUGACUCCUGCAACACUCUGGGGGAACCUGUGAUGGUGAAAACCCAGCAACAGGUCGCCAGUUGCUCUAGUCCUAGGCACUGAGAACCCACGUUCUGUUGAAUGGUACCAGACUGCAGUGGCUUGGGUUUAUGUCCUAUGGAAGUCCAGGCAAAAGAAAGGGUGAAGCCAUGCCGAGUUGAUGCCCUGCUUGGAGAGACAAGUCAAGGGAGUGAAGUGGAGGUGGCCAGGUAUGGCUCACUUGCGGCUGUUCAGUCAGUUUGGGGAUAGAUUCAAGUCCUUCAGUGUAUUUUCUGUAAAAGCAUAAGUAAGCUACAUGGCCUGAGUAUGCACCCUGCUUCAUGAAAUGGGGUGGGGGGCAUUGAAUGUAUAUAUUUGUGGGAGUAAGUUGUCUAGCAAGUUUUAGAUGGGGAAUAGAAUGUUCACAGAAACUAGGCAAAAAGAGGGAAGAAAGCUUCUUAGUCUGAAACUCAUUGCUGAUACUUAACAAUAAAAUACCCGUAAUGCUUAGUGAAGGGCUUUACCAAGACUCCGUUAACUUGUUUGUGGUGAAACAUUUGUAGUGUGAAAUAGUUACAGGGGACCAGUUCCAAACUCCAUAUUAAGGAAAACAUGGAUGCUUACCUAGAAUAGGAGUUUUAUUUUAGUUGUGUAACUACUGACUUUGAGAACAUGUAUGCCCAAGGUACAUAUACUGAGAAAGUAUAUGUGGGAUGUGGUCCAAUGAAAUUUAACCCCCAACUUAGAGCUAAAUGCAGUUAUGAUUCCAGAAACCCUAGUUUUAGGUAGUAUUGUGGAUGCGGUUUCCAGAAUUCCAUUUGUACUUUGAGUAAAUACAAUAUUUAAGAGGUUUUGUGGUUUGGAUUUAUAUAUUUAUAAGGUUUCUUUUUUAAAAGAUGCUCAUUUUGUGUGAAUUGUAGCGUUGAGUGAGUUGGUGAGUUACCGCAGGAAGAGAUUUGCAGAAGGCUCUGGACCAACGCUGUGUUUUGCUGCUUUGUGUGAUGUCUGCAGUGCUGAAGUUGUGUCUGUAUGCGCCGUGGCAAUGUUUUUCUUAAUGCCAAUGUGUUGAUUUGGUUUUAAAGAGUU